CUCCUCCUCUCCCUCAAUCUUGUUCACAAAACUCACUAGGGCUACUAGAUAUUUAAGAAUGCUAAUGCCAGCACCGGCACUGGUGCAUGUACAUCAUACAACAGCAACAAAGCAAUCCUCCUUCACCCUCUCAAACUCGUCAGCCAAGGUUAUUGAUCCUCCGGUAGCUCAUCAACGCCGACUAGCUCAAUAUCAUCCUACCAUUUGGGGUCCCAAGCUCAUCGAUUCCUUCUCCACUCACUACACUCAUGAAUCAUAUGCCUCACAAUUAGAGGGUCUAAAGCAGAAUGUUUCUAGAGCUUUGGUUGUAUCAAGUACUAAAGGCGAUGCUUGUUCGAUUUUAAAGCUCAUAGACUCGAUGCAGCGGUUAGGAGUAGCAUACCACUUUGAAAAGGAGAUCCAAGCAGCUAUCAACUGAUAUACUGGGCAUCCAUCAUAACACGACUUACAGAUGAUUUGGGCACUUCCAAGGCUGAAAACGAGAG